AAGCGCUCCAGUGACAGGUGACAGGGUGACUAACCAAAAAAAAAAAAAAAAUACUCCUCAACAAAACGAAAUGACACAAUCACAAAUGUCUUAAAAUAAUUUUGUUGUUUGAGUUUGCGAUUUUUCCAACAAAUUAAAACUAAUUAAAGCCGCUACUUAACACAUUUUAUGACUAACCUUAAUAGAUACACGGAUAUGGCAUUCCUUUAAAUUAAGCCUCUGAAAUGGUUUAAGUCCGUACGCCCAAAAUAGGCCCAUACAAAAUAGCAUAGGUUACUAACCCCCCCAGUGUCUUGUGUGUGUAUAUUUUUUAGUUUUGUAAUUUUAUUUUUUGAUUUCCUGGUGCAAUUUCUCAGGCUACAGAUUUCAACUUCUUUGUUGCAAGUCCUAAUUUUAACUUGUUGCAUUCAAAGCUCACUAGUCUAGUGGGAAGCCCCUCAAAAGUACAGUUUGUAGUUUGUGCUAAGUACAUCAAAUUUCCAUAAAAUGACUGAGUAUAAAUUGGUAGUUGUGGGAGCUGGAGGUGUAGGCAAGUCUGCACUUACUAUUCAAUUGAUACAGAAUCAUUUUGUCGACGAAUACGAUCCUACUAUUGAAGAUUCUUAUAGGAAGCAAGUUGUUAUUGAUGGAGAAACUUGUUUAUUGGACAUUUUAGAUACUGCAGGACAAGAAGAAUACAGCGCAAUGCGUGACCAAUACAUGAGAACAGGAGAAGGAUUUCUGUUAGUGUUUGCUGUAAAUUCUGUCAAGAGUUUUGACGACAUAGUAGUAUACAGGGAGCAAAUUCUUCGAGUCAAAGACACAGAAGAAGUACCUAUGGUUUUAGUUGGAAACAAAUGUGACUUAUCCGCCUGGGUGGUUGAUAUGAAUAGGGCUCGAGAUAUCGCGAAGCAAUACAAUAUUCCCUUUAUAGAAACGUCGGCCAAAACAAGAAUGGGCGUGGACGACGCGUUUUAUUCUCUAGUCCGUGAAAUUAGAAAGGAUAAGUUCCAUAAAGGGCGAAAAUCCAACAAGUUUCAGGGCACCGGACGUGGUUUUCCCUUUAAGCUACGCUGCAGUAUACUAUAGAUAGGUAGAUAGGUAGGCGCUCAUUUUUUAAAGAAAUUCCGACGUCAUUCGAGAGUGUUUGGGUAUCGAUUUGAUGGUGCAAUAAUUAGGAAAAAUUGGCUUGGAAAUUGAACUUUUUUUCUAGAUUCUUGAAGUGUGUUUUUUUUUUAUAGAAUAAUUAAAAAAACAUUUAAUGAAUUAUUCUUACAUAAAUGUGCAUUAUUGAUUUAUCUUUAUCAAUAUCAAUCAAUAGUUUCCUAAGAACUCUUCAAUAAUUCUUUAUUCUACAUUUUAUUGUUGUCGCAUAGAGCUGUGAGAAAUCUUUAUUUUUAAUAAUGGAAAUAUAAUGCAAUAAAAUACACUUAUAUGCAAAAAAUGCUGACCAACGGAAUUGGAAAAAUAAAUAGAUUUUUUAGGUAUCAACAAUAUCCGAAUUUCAGCAAAAAAUUACCCAGCCACAAAAGACUAUUUUGAAAUUAGUAUGUAAAUUCCGUAUGGUAAUUAAGUGUUUGUUCUAUAAUUAAACAGGCUAGUGACUAUCCAAAAGCAACAUUGGCAGAAAGCAUUGUAGGUAUCCUAUGGAUGUUAUUCUAAAAGAGUGUAUACAUUAUAAAUAAAUAUAUAUAUAUAUAUAUUUUUUACUGAUUAUAAGUAGCAAGUUUAUUGAGGGAAUUAUCCGAAAAAAUUAAUUCUUUUUUUAAAAAUGUGUAGAUUGUUGACCGCUUAAUAAGUCCAUCCACAAGCCUCAAAGUUAAAAAGACAACAUAUCUCUAUGUAAAACAAAACUAUUGAAGGCAAUUUUUCAAAUUAUUUUCCAGUGUAUUUAAGCAAAUAAAAUAUUUCUAAAUAAUACUCGUAAAUACUCUUUGGAUCAGAGAGAAACUGAUCAAAAAAUUGUUAAUGCCAGCCUUCAACAAAAUAAAAUCAGUUGCUAGCUUAUUUUUUUGAAACUACAUAAUCUUGUUUGUGACUGAACUAAUUUUUGUCAAAAAAUCCCUGUAUAUAUUAUAAGGUCUUAUGAUGUUCUAUAUCCCCUUAGUUUAUUGUUUAAAAUUGUAUAUUGACGCACACCAUUUUUUUAAAAUAAGGAAUGUUUGUUUAGUCUUGGUUGUUAUAAUUUGAAUUUUGUAUUUGUUUUUUAAUAUUUAUCGGUGGUUAUCCAAAACCAAAAAAAUAAUUGAAUUGUGACAAUUCUGCAUCUGUUUGCAGUUUAAUCAUCCAAAACAAAUAUCAUGUUACAUAUAUUCAAAUUGAAUACCAAGAUGCCUUUUUAGAUGAACAUAUAAUCUAGUUUUUGAGUUAUACAUCUUGAAACAAGCAAUUUAUCAAGAAAACAAAUUAUAUUAUACAUUAUUUAUAUUGUUUGCGUGUUUUAUUAGAUUUUUAGUGUGUAUUGUUAAGUCCAAGAGAUAAAGCCGCUUUAAAUAUUUUGAAAUUUUGUAUUGAGAAUUAAUCCGUUUUUAUUAUCCAAACUAAUAAUAACAAUAAUAAUAAUAAUAAGAAAACAAAUCAUAUUUUGCCUUCCCUAUAACUAGCAAUUAUAGAUUCUAGGUAACAAUCUACUGAAUUCUAUUAAUAAAAAAUCGUUGAA